AACCAGCUGGCUGAGAUAAUCCAGAAUCGUGGCGCAGGGUUAGACGGAGGAAUUUUCAGAGCAAAUCAAUCUUUGGACCUUUCAACCCACAUCGGAUUUUUCUUAAGUUUUUCGUGCUCUUUCUGUUGAUUUCCCUCAAUUCACAAUGUCGCGAGUUUUAGUUGGUGUUAAGCGUGUCAUUGACUAUGCUGUAAAGAUUCGCGUGAAGCCGGAUAAGUUGGGUGUUGUCACUGAGGGUGUGAAGCACUCAAUGAAUCCCUUCGAUGAGAUCGCCGUGGAGGAAGCGGUGAAGAUGAAGGAGAAGAAGAUUGCUUCUGAGAUUAUUGCCGUGUCUGUGGGUCCAGCACAGUCACAGGAAGUGAUUCGCACGGCUCUGGCAAUGGGUGUUGAUCGUGGGAUUCACGUGGAAGUCUCUGGUGCAGAUUAUGAGCUCCUACAGCCAAUCCACGUGUCGAAGAUUCUUGCUAAGCUGGCGCAGGAGGAGAAGGUGGAUCUCGUGAUACUGGGCAAGCAGGCAAUUGAUGAUGAUGCCAAUCAAACGGCCCAGAUGACGGCUGCUCAGUUGGAUUGGCCACAAGCCACGUUUGCAUCGAAAGUUGAGAAGACAGAUGCCGGCCUUACCGUUGUCCGGGAGAUUGAUGGUGGCCUGGAGACAAUCAAGUGCAAAGUUCCAGCUGUUAUUAGUGCUGAUCUUCGCCUCAAUACACCCCGAUAUGCAACUCUGCCAAAUAUCAUGAAAGCCAAGAAGAAGCCUAUCAAGAAGGUAACACCGAAAGAUCUGGGUGUUGAUACAGCACCCAGAAUUGAGGUAAUCUCCGUGGAAGAUCCACCAGUGCGUCAAGCAGGAGCCAUUCUUCCGGACGUUGAUACACUUAUUGGGAAACUAAAGGAGGGUGGUCAUAUCAAAUAAAAUCCGGGAGUAGCUGAAUCCCUCCGCGCAUCCUUUAGCCCAAAUUGGCAGUUUAUCCCCCCAAAAUUAUGCAUUUACAACAGAUUGAGGAUUUAAUAAGAAUUUUUUUUUGAGAUUUUCUAAAAACUUUACAAAAA